CGCUCGACCGACAUUUUACUAGCUACAAGAAGAGAGAAGAGCACGGGGUGGAGAGAACGCGUCACAAAAUAUAAUAAAGAUCUUUUAACAGAUAUUUCGUUUUGCAGAAUUUGCUGUCUACCUGCAGCCCUUCAGAUUUGGCAACUGCUUUUGUACUCUGACGGACUGAGCUUUUAGCUAACGUCUAGAAUUGAUUUAAAUUGCUUGCCGUCAGGAUUGGCUUGGAUAUCCUGUGCCACAGUUUUAACGAAGCACCACUUAUUAUUACAGGUGUGUGUUGUUUCACCUCAGCAGCAUGGCUGUGGUCAUCCGCUUGCAGGGUCUCCCGAUAGUGGCGGGGACCAUGGACAUACGCCAUUUCUUCUCUGGAUUGACUAUCCCGGAUGGUGGGGUGCAUAUUGUAGGGGGUGAACAUGGUGAGGCUUUUAUUGUUUUCGCCACAGAUGAAGAUGCCAGGCUUGGCAUGAUGCGUACAGGGGGAGCAAUCAAAGGUUCUAAAGUGUCACUUUUGCUGAGCAGCAAGACCGAGAUGCAGAAUAUGAUCGAACUUAGCCGCAGGCGUUUUGAAACAGGCAAUGUGGAGGGAGCCGCAGGAAACGGUAGCACAGGUGGGAGGGGCAGUUUACCCACCACUUUACAAGGCUUCAGCAACACCACACCAACCACAGUCACCACAGCUGCAUCUGCACAUGAAACUAUAAGCAACAAAAAUGUGUCCACGUUUGCCACCACUAGUAUGGGAAACAUGCCCCCCAGUUUCAGCAACAACUUCAGCAGCCCAAAUCUUACCAUGGGAUCCACUAUGACAACAGCCAUGUCCUCCCUCAACUCUGUACCUAUCCCCCCUUUGCCAACCAUGCCAUCCCUGCCACCCAUGCCUUCCAUACCCCCCAUGCCACUUCCACCACCAGUGUCAUCUAUGCCUCCUGUUCCCACUGUGUCACCUUUAACCCAAGGCCCUCCUGUCCUUCCCAUGAGUCAUCUGUCCCACAUGGGCUCAAUGCCACCAUUUAACCCAGGCAUCCCACCCCCUGGUGGAUUGGCCUCAGGGCUGCCUCUAGGAACCCCAAACCACAUGUUUCUCGGCCAUAUGAACCCUCUGUUAAAUCUCCAGGCACACAUGAAGGCAGCAAUAGGUAAUUCAGAUGAGUUAUAUGUCCACCUUCAAGGCCUGCCCUUCUCAGGGACAGAAAUGGAUAUUAGGGAGUUUUUCCGUGGGUUAGCGGUGGACUCCAUCCGACUGGUCAGGGACAACAUGGGCCGGAGUAGCGGCAGGGCCCUGGCCAAGUUCUUUUCCCCUCAGGACACUUUUGAGGCACUCAAAAGAAGCACCGGAAUGUUAGGGCAGAGGUACGUGGACAUCUCUCCGGCCACAGAGCGGCAGUGGAUGAGUGUCAGCAGUGGUGGCAUCGGGGUAGGAGAGCACGCCCACUUAAAAUUCAGUAAUGAGCCCCAAGACCAGCACCGCCGCAGCAACAUGAGUUCAGCGUCCCCGUCAACCAGAGACCGUGCGAGGUCCCGCUCCCCUCACAACAAGGAGUUCUGUGUUUACCUGAAAGGCCUGCCCUACGAAGCAGUAAACAAACAGAUCUGUGAGUUUUUCAAAAACCUGGACAUUGUGGAAGACAGCAUUUACAUUGCUUAUGGACCCACUGGCCGAGCUACAGGCGAGGGCUUUGUUGAGUUCAAAAAUGAAAUGGACUACAAAGUUGCCCUCGGCUGUCACAUGCAGUAUAUGGGAAGCCGAUUCAUACAAGUUCAUCCCAUCAGUAAAAAAGCUAUGUUUGAAAAGAUUGGUUCAAUUCGUCAAAGGAUGCAGGGUGGUGAUAAGAAAAACAACUCAGAAUCAGGCAAGAGCCCUAGAAACUGUGCUCACAUCUCAAAUAUUCCAUAUAAUGUGUCAAAGAAAGAUGUCCGUCUGUUUCUAGAAGGCAUUUCAGUAUUUGAUGAAAGUCUUAAAGUUCUGGUUGACAGCAGUGGUAACGGUCUAGGUCAGGCUGUUGUGCAGUUCAGGGCAGAGGAGGAUGCGCUAAAUGCUGAGAGACUACACAGGCAGAAGUUAAAUGGCAGAGAUGCAUUUGUACAUUUGGUCACCUUUGAGCAGAUGAAGGAAAUCGAGAGAAACCCACCACCACAGGUUAAAAGAGGCCAGAAAACCCAAGGGAACGCUCAAGGCCAGGCACAGAAUCCAGUUCAAGCCCAAGCUCACCCCUUUUCCGUUAUGUCAGGAGAAGAGUUCAACUUCCUCAGAAACACUGUAGGCAAUUUAGGCAAUGGUCCUUUUACGCCGUUUACUGUCCCAGGUAAUGGACUAGCGGGCCCUCCUCCUCUACCCCCACUUGCAGCAAGUCUAGGGGAUGUAGGCCUUAGCAUUCCCCCACCCAUGGUUGCCGGUCACUUGCCUGGAGCAGUUCUGGAACCCCCAGGCUUCCGACCAGGCAGCAACAAUGGCCCACCUGGCUUUGGGCCAGAGGGCUUGAGGGGCAUGCCACCUUUUGACAACGGCCCUAGAAAGAGCGGAGGCCUCAACAACCGAGGAGGUGGCCAAGGGCGAUCAGUAGGGGGCCCUCAGUCUGCCUUUGGCCCUGGCUCUGACCCUCUGAGAGGGCAGUCAACCGGAGGCCCUGGUAACCCUCGUGGACCUACCAUUGUAAAGAUCCAAAACAUGCCUUUCACUGUAACAGUCGAUGAGAUUCUAGAUUUCUUUUAUGGGUAUCAAGUGCUGCCUGGUUCAGUCUGUCUGCAGUUCAGUGAAAAGGGCCUGCCCACUGGCGAGGCAAUGGUUGCCUUUGAGUCACACAAGGAGGCAACGUCUGCUGUCAUGGAUUUAAAUGAUAGGCCUAUUGGAGCUAGGAAGGUGAAGAUAACCCUAGGAUAAGACUCCCAAUUUUCCCCUCUACCAAUAAUGAUUAAGGGAAACUUGCGGUUUCAUUAAUGCAAAGGUAAGAACUUGCAUUUAGGAUGAAUUUAAUCUCCCAAUUAUCUUUAGUUCCUUUACCAAAAUUAUGAGGUUUGUAGCGUAGGAAUGAAAUGGGGAAACUGCUAUAUCGAUUUGAUGUAUAAUAUGAUUACUAAAGUGGGGUGUGUGGAUUUUCAAAUGGCGAAAAACCAAAUGUUGCCAUGUUGAUGUAGCUUGAGUCCAAUCAUGUUUCGAGCACGAGCCCUGAAAUUCAUUUCAUAAGUCUAAAUAAUAUGGUUGGAGUAGGAGGGUAGUCUCUUAUUGCUGUACUGAGACAUCACUUUCACUUGGAAGCAUGUAUCAUUUUCAAAUGCCCUGACACAUUUUGUGUUCUUGUAUUUCUUCCAUAGAUUUAACAUUCUCUUUACUUUUACCUGUGCUUUGUGAUGAUAUUCUAAAGUGGGUACUCGCCAAAUGCUGCCAUGCAUGGUGUUAGUGCAGAGAACACUUAUUGUGCCAUGGUUAAAGCAUUUGCUUAUUUGCUCUAUGCUGUUUUUCACUGUUAAUAAAUGCAAAUGUCAAUGUUGUUGUUAGCUAUGAUGUGUGAGAAAUUGUACUGCUUGUUUCUGAGAAAAAUAUGUUGAAUUUUGCAUUUGGUUUAAUGGUCUUCAGAGCUCUUUAGAACUUUUUGUAUCUGCCAACCCUCCCACUGCGAUAUGUUCUUUUUGAAAGUAUGAGCUGUUUUGCAAAGAUGUAGAUACUAUUUGGAAUGUCUUAGUUUUGUAGUGUUGCCUGACAAGAUACAUUUUUAUGUUUCAUUUUUGGGGACGUUCCGGUUUAUUAUUUCACAAGUGUGUAUAUAGCCUACUGUUUAGCUUACACUUUUGUCAAUAAAAUGACAUUCCUGACAUAGA